ACGAAACCUUAUCAAAUGUAGGAACUUACUGUGUAACGACAAAUGUGUUUCCCGGAUAAAUUAAGCAUCUAAUACGCACAGAAGCAGGAAUACAUGGACGUUAUUUGUCUGGCCAAGUUCUGCACGGUCGAACAAUAUUUCAAAGAUCUUUCACGCCUGGUUUCAACAACAGCAAGAUCAAUUAUUUGAUAUGUCUGCUCAGCCUAGACGGGGGCGCCACGAAGAAAUUCAUCGAUAUGGAUUCCAGAGAUACAACGCUGGCAACAUGAACACUACAGGAACACGUGCUGUUGACUCAAAACAAGCACGCUCGCGGCGGCCAUUUUUUCAAGAAUCCGAAAGACAAAGAACACGUAGAAGAACACGAAGGCACCUUCUAACGCAUCCCAGCGAAGCCUGGGGUGUUGAGGUUCUUUACACCAACGACGUCUUCGAGGCAGAAAACUGGCUGAGGGAGCAUAUCACAGCUUGCUCUGCCAGGGUUGUCGGCUUUGAUAUCGAGUGGAGGCCACAGUUCGUAAGCAAAAGAGAUGGCGGCACCGAAAACCAAACGGCCGUACUACAAUUAGGAGUCGAGGCAUCUUGUUUAGUUUUACAUAUUUUCCAUAUGAACGAGUUGCCAAGGUUGCUCAUUUCAAUUCUAGGAGAUGAAAAUAUCUUAAAAGUUGGUGUGGGCAUCGAGGAAGACGCCUCAAAACUAAGAAGGCAUAGAGGUUUGGUCUGCGAAGGAAUGACUGACAUUCAAAAGAUGGUUCAGACUACAGAGCGCGGGCAGCAAUUUGGACUGAAAGCACUAGCACAACGCUUUCUUGGUAUCGAACUCGAAAAAUCCAAGAGGAUAACCAUGAGCAACUGGGAAAACUUCCCUCUAACGUUAAGACAGAUUGAAUACGCUGCUCUAGAUGCUUGGGCUGGAGUGAAAACUUACCACGCCAUUGUUCAAUUUCAACAAGGCACAUCGUCACAGUCUCCUGCUGUGUCCUAUAUACAUGUAUUGGCUUAUACGCUUCUCAUUUUGUUUUUCCUUUUUGUUUUCUCAGCGCUUAAUAUCACGUAAAAAGUUGGAAUGAAUCCCAUUGCAGCUCAAUCUGAUAACAAUUUCUGCCUGCGGGCAUUGGCCGUUUACCCCCUCCCUUCUAGAGGGAUGGAUGAUGAAUGGAGCCCUUUAUUUAAAUACGGCAUUUUAUCAAUUAAAAUAAGUGGGUACUCCUUAUAUGGGCUGUAUACACUGUAGGGAGGCAGGGAAAGAUAAAUUUUGACUGAAUUUUGGCCAGUUAAACAGAAAAUAUUUCCGCCUACUUUGCUUGUUGAGGGCAAAGUCAAUCAAAAUAUUCCAGAAGAUUACCUGAUUACCUAUCAGUCAUAAUCUUAUUAUUUCCUUGUUUUACUUGGUACCAUGCAGUUACAUGCGCUAGCCUGUAUCACAGACGGAAAUUUACCUGUAAAUAACCCGCGAUAGGUAGUGUAAACAUGGUGAUGAAACCAGAACUUACAUGUAGAAUACAUGUGAUUGUACUUUUAGAUACUAAGUAGUAAAACUAGAUAGAACGCUAGAUAGUUCUGGAAGAGUGCUUAUACUUACAGAGUGUGUUGAAACCUUC